UGCCACGUUGGUGUUCGCAGGUGCUUCCACUGCUCCGAAGGUCCGCAUUUCCGUCCGGAGCGCCCUGGCCGGGUCGUGGUCGCGCAACGAGGGGGCCGACUUGCCAGCCGAGCCCUUGGCCGAUGCGGCGAGGCCGUCAGCGACGUUCAGCGCUUCCCCUGCCAAGCCACGAGCACCGUCUGCGACACCCGAUGACCAUCCGUCGACAGUGAUGAGGGCUGCGUGCGUCAAGGAAGUGCAAGUUCUGGGCUGGUGCACAUUCACCGGCUGUGUGACGGCAUUUGACUCGUGGAACGCCUAUGUUGACCACUUCAAAACCCGCCACCGUCCCCUGGCGUGUUCGGCGUGCCUUGAAGAACACUCCGAGCCCCACGGCGAGGCGGACAGGAAGUGCACCAUGUGCCCUGCUCGAUUCCUGGACCGCGUACGCUUACAUGUCCACCGCUGUCUCUUCCAUCACGAUGUCGGCUCCCCGUCACCGCCACAGCCGAGAUGGAAGGAGGGCGAAGGUGUCGUUGGCUGGUGCCCUAUCGCACAAUGUGGGCAACCCUUUUCUUCGUGGGACGAACAGGUCGCGCACCAGAGGACGACUCACUUCAAAGCGACGGAGCAGUGCCCCUUGUGCCUGGACGAGGACCCCGUCGGCGGCCUGCCCGCGCACCUGCAGGCGCACCAGCUCGGGGACGCGGCCUGCUCGGUGUGCUCGGCGCGCGUCCUGGGCGACGUGGACCGCCACCUGCGGCUGUACCACGACGUGGCCUCGGCCCCGGUCCUGGGGUGGUGCGCGGCCAGCCACUGCGACUCCGCUUUCGGCUCCUGGGGCGACCACCUGCAGCACCUGCAACGCCGCCACUGGAAGAGCAUCCACCCCGCCCGAGUGUGCCACCUGUGUCUGAGGAUCCUCGACGACGCCGAGCAAACCGCGACGCACUUGGAGGACCACUCGCGCCAGACCCAGUACAAGUGCAAGUGGUGCUGGGCCCAAUUUUUCAACGCCGAAUCUCGUAAAGAUCAUAUGAAGUUUUUCCACAGACGUUAA